UUCAGUCCAAAACCUCAGCUCCCGCACCGCGUCGAACACACUGACACCAGAGAACCCUAGCCUCGCCGGUCGCCGCCAUGGCCGCCUCGCUCCUCCGCUCCGGCCACCGCCUCCGCCUCCUCCGCCACGGCAGCCUCUCCUGGGCCUCCUUCUCCGCCGCCGCCGCGGAGGAGCUCAUCGACGUCCGCAAGCUCCCCACUGACUACGACGCCUCCACCUUCGACCCCACCGCCCCGUCCCGCCCACCGCCCUCCGACCGCGUCUGGCGCCUCGUCGAGGACGUCUCCUCCCUCACCCUCGCCGAGUCCGCCGCUCUCUCCGCCCUCCUCCUCCGCCGCCUCGACGUCCCCGCUCCCCCCAUCGCCAUCCUCAACUCCGCCGCGGGCCUCGGCGGCGGCGGCGGCGCGGGUGCCGCGGGCGCCGCCGGGGAGAAGGCCGGUGGGGCGGCGGCGGCUGAGAAGACGGUGUUCGAGCUGCGCUUGGAGGCGUUCGAUGCGGCGAGCAAGAUCAAGGUGAUCAAGGAGAUCCGGUCAUUCACCGACCUGGGUCUGAAGGAGGCGAAGGAGCUAGUGGAGAAGGCACCCGCUGUGAUCAAGGGUGGUGUCUCGAAGGAGGAGGCUCGGACAAUCAUCGAUAAGAUGAAGGCUGUUGGUGCCAAGGUCGUCAUGGACUGAUCAGCAUCCUCAUUUCAAUUUUCAAGGUUCUGUUCACAGUUUUUAACUGUGCUUUCUCAUGGUUUGAUGGUUGAUGCGGAUUGGGGUGCCAGUGUUAAUAUCCUGUCAAUUGGCAUUUUGAAAGCCCAAUGAUCUUACAACACACUGGCCAAUCCGAUGGUGCCAUCAUGUGUUUCUUGUUCGGUCGAUGAAUUCUCUGUCACUAACAAGAAACAUGGAAUAAUUUCUGUUGAAAAAUGAGAUCAACAGGGUGCAGAGCUGGAGUGUGACCUUGAGCCUGGAGUACUAUCUUUUUUGGUUGGCUUCACCGGCUGUAUAUGUAUCUCAUUUUUGUAAUGUUACUGAAGCUACUGAGCUAGAUGCACGCUGUGGCGUUCAAGUUUUUAUCCUCUGCAUUUGUGAAAUGACCUCACAUGACGGUAUGAUAUGGGUCAUAUGGACAUAGAUAAUCCAUUUAUGUGUUUCUUUUUUGAAACUACCAUAUAGUGAACUGAUGAAUGUUGUGGACUAUAUUUUCAAGUAUGGAAUUCAGGAACCCCUAAAAUGACAAUGACUGAUCCCUGUAGGGCUGUAUGCUGAAUCCUCAAAUUUCUCAAAUAAAAAGGGUGUGGGUAGUAGGAGUGUGUAAUGUCUAAAUAAAAAGGGUGUGGGUAGUAGGAGUGUCUUUUUUUUUUUUUUGCGGGGGGGUAGUAGGAGUGUCUAAUGUCUUUUGUGUAGUGAACUCUAGCCAUGAGCCAAAAGCAAAGAGAAGAAAUUGUCACGCCAGGUCGGCUAAGAGUGGCAGCUGCCGUGUGGCUUUCACUUUCACAAUGGGCUGCAGAAUGCAUGAAGAGGCGAAUUCCUGAAGAAGUUUGCUGCUCCAAGCAGAUAGCAGUCUACUGACUUGAUCAUCAGUAUCACCCUCCCUCCUGGGGAUUAACCGAACAAGGUUUGUGUGUGUAGGUAAAUUUUGAUGUGAUGGAAAAGUUGGAAGUUUGAAGAAAAAGUUUGGAACUAAACCAGGCCCAAGUCAUGAAGAAGGCAAAGGAACUAUCUUGGGGAUUAAUCGAACAAGCCCUGAAGGAGACCGAGGAACUAGCAAAGACGCCAUGGUCUGAGAGGGCACAUGCAUUUCAAGGUGAAACGAAAGUUUCCUCUUCGAUUAAUUUAACUUACAGAUGAUUUAAUCUUGUUACUGGGGACAAAGCAACGGGGCUUUUAACUAUUUGCCACUUUUAGAUUUAGCAAAUAACUAUUUGCCACCCCUAUCUCAAUGACAUGUGGAUCCACACGUGUCUAUGACAUGUGGGUCCAAUGGCAAAAAGUUAAUUGCCACAUCUAAAUGUGGCAAAUGGUUAAAUAUCUCCAAAGCAAUAGUCUGCUAAUGGUAAUAAACAUCAAGAUAAUUUGCCAAAA